UAAAAACUUGAACUAUAUUUGUACAGUGAAAUAUGGCGGAAGGCGGUUUAGUACAAGAACCUGCAUUUAGAGCAACGAGUGUAGAUGGAGAUGAUGCCGAUGAGGAAAAUCAUGAGAUUUUUUUGAGUGUAUUUGUUCAGCAAAGUCAAAUUGGACUGAGUUACUAUGACAGACGUGAUUAUACGCUGCAUUUCAUGCCGGACACAGUGGACAACAGCGACCUCCAGCUGCUGGAUAGAGUCAUACAGGAGCUGAGUCCAAACGUCAUCAUAACAAGUGCCAAACAGGACCACAGCUUGACCCAGUUUUUCAAAAAUCUCGAAUCCAAUCCGGAUUACAAGCCUGAGAUCGUAAUGUUUCCAAGUGCUAAUUUUGGCUUGGAGGUCAGUAAACAGCGACUGCUCUCCGCACACCUCCCGUUUCUCCCUUCCUCCAUCACAGAGAGUGAGAAAAUCCCCUAUCUCUCCUCCUGUAUCCCAUUAGAAUCAGUGAUGAUGAUGAGGUCAAUAGGAGGACUGUUGAAGUGUCUUGAAAGAAGAAGAUUUGUAGAGCUGGAGGACAGCAGUGUGGGCAUCCCUGUAUUUCAGUUUCUGACUUACACACUGAAGAAUGUUGUAUACAUUGACAGAGAUGCAUACAGUGCACUCCAGAUCUUUAAAUCUGAGCUGCAUCCUUCCGUUUAUAAGCUCCAGUCAGGAGAGAAAGAGGGACUAAGUCUUUACGGUGUACUGAACUGCUGCCGGAGCAAGUUUGGUUCUCUUCUUUUACGCCAGUGGUUCCACAGGCCUACUCGAGAUCUGAAUGUCCUAAAGAGACGGCAGGAAGUGAUCCGUUUCUUCACAUCACCUCGUAACUCUGCCGACCUCAGCACAUUACAGAGCUGCCUGCGGAAUAUCAAGAACAUCUCGAUGUUGCUGCAGAGAAUGUCUCUCUCUCGCACUAAGGUCAUCGACUGGCAAAAUAUAUACAAGACGGUGUACAAUGCAGUAUGCAUUAGGGACACUGUUCGCUCUCUACCCCAAACCAUUCAACUUUUUCAAGAUAUCAGUGAAAACUUUACAGAUGACCUGUACUACAUUGCCACAUACAUCAGUAAAGUGGUGGACUUUGAUGGAAGUACAGCCGAGAAUCGAUUCACCGUAAGGCCAAAUGUACACUCUGUUAUCGACGAGAAGAAAAGAACAAUGAUGGGUCUUCCAGACUUCCUAACCGAUGUGGCUCGUACAGAGCUGGAGAACCUCGACCCUCGUUUCUCCACCUGUAGCGUCAUCUACCUCCCUCUGAUUGGAUUUCUGCUGUCAUUGCCAAGAUUACCUACCAUGCUGGAUAAACAGAGCUUUGAGAUUGAUGGUCUUGACUUCAUUUUUCUAUCACAAGACCGACUGCAUUACCGCAGUGCUCGAACCAAAGAGCUGGACACCAUACUGGGAGACCUCCAUUGUGAUAUAAUAGAUUUGGAGAUGUCCGUAAUGAGGGAGCUUCAAGCCUUGGUGCUGCAGCGGAGUGGCUGUAUGUACAAGGUCAUGACCCUGUGUGCAGAGCUGGACUGUCUCAUGGCUUUGGCUCAAGCCUCUCUGGACCACAGCUACCGCUGUCCAACUCUGACACCGAACCACAGACUUGCCCUGGUUGAGUCACGACACCCUUUGCUUGAGCUGUGUACUCCAGUCUGUGUAUCAAACAAUUACUUCAGCACUGAAACUGAAGGUAAAGUGAAAGUUAUUACAGGGCCAAACUCCUCCGGCAAGAGCAUCUACCUCAAACAGGUGGGUCUGAUUGUGUUCAUGGCCCUGAUUGGCUCAGAUGUACCUGCUAAAGAGGCAGAGAUUGGGCUAGUGGAUGGAAUCUUCACCCGCAUGCAGAGCCGUGAGUCUGUAUCAGUGGGUCUAAGCACCUUCAUGAUCGACUUAAACCAGAUGGCUCAGUCUCUGAACCACAGCACAGCGGAUUCUCUUGUUCUGGUGGAUGAAUUUGGUAAAGGAACCAACACAGUGGAUGGAUUGUCUCUCUUGACUGCAUGUCUCAGUCACUGGUUGCGUCAAGGUUCGCAGUGUCCUCACGUGCUCUUGUCGACUAACUUCCACAGCCUCAUACAGUUGGGCAUGAUACCUGAUUCUCCAUUGCUGUCUUUACUGACUCUAGAGACGGCUAUAGAGGGGGAAGAGCUGGUGUUCUUGUACGAAGUUAAAGAUGGCAUUUGCCAGUCAAGUUACGCAGGUAAUAUUGCCACUCUUGCUGGCAUCCCCCCUGCCUUGGUCAAGAGAGGAGUUGAGGCUUCAGAUUUGUACAGAACAGGAAGGCCCAUAAAAAAGAUAGACAGGCCCUCUGCUGAUGAACAGAACAGCAGGUGUGCUGAGGUGGUGGAGAAAUUCGUCAGCCUUGAUCUAGAUGAUCCGGAUCUGGAUCUCAAGUUAUACAUGAAAGAUGACUUGCAACCAGCUCUUGAAGAGUUGCUGUGA